AUAAGUUUUAAUGAUAAUUGUACAGCUGAGACAUCUACAAACAGUACAGUUAGCUGUAAAAUCAAUAUUCCAUCACCGUGCCAAUGGAAAAGGCACAACAUUGGCGGAGCGUACCACGAUAAUGUAAACGUUAGCUCAGGAUGGCAGAAUUCUCCUUAAACAUUCAGAAACAUAUAAAAGCUGGUCUUGUUGUGAGUGGAAAAUUUGAUGGAUCACAUGCAUGUCUCGCGGCCGCUACACCUGGCGGAACUAUUUUGGUACACAGUCCACACAGGCAGCCGCAAGUCGAUUACUCCGAUCACAAGCAGUCGAACAAAAGAUUGUCAUGGAGCGGGGAACUUGCGGAGCUUCAAAUUGGUACCGAGGUGAAGUCAUUGUGUACUGGUCACCUUGGAGAAGACGAAAGGGAUACUCUUUUAAUCGGUACUAUUUCUCAUGUGCUUGCUUAUCAUGUCGAAGACAAUGCUGAUGUUUUUUAUAAGGAGAUGUCGGAUGGUGCAAAUUGCAUGCUUGUUGCAAAACUUGGAUGGAUACCAAACCAGGUUGUAGUAGUAGGUGGUUAUUGCUCAGUGACAGUCUUAGACUCACAUGGAACAGAAAUAUUUUGGAUGGUAAUGGGAGGUAUUGUUACUUCAUUGGCAGUGUUUGAUUUUGAUGGAGAUGGAGAAAAUGAAUUACUGACGGGUACAACAGAUUUUGAAAUUAGAGUGCAAAAGGAAGACACCAUUCUUUGGGAAACUAAGGAAACAGCAGCGAUUACUGUUUUUACUGUUCUUCCGAACAGACAGUUCGCUUAUGCUCUUGAAAACGGAACAAUCGGUGUCUACGAAGUAGGACAGAGACUGUGGCGAGUUAAAUCAAAGCAUAAAGUGGUAUCCGUAGAUACUUUCGAUAUAAAUGGCGAUGGUAUACCGGAGUUGAUCACUGGCUGGAGUAGCGGAAAAGUGGACGCAAGAACGUAUAGUACCGGCGAAGUUAUGUUUAAGAUUCAGCUACCAUCUAGCGUAGCAGGCAUAGUGGAAGCUGAUUAUCGAAGAACGGGUAAACCUGAUCUGGUAGUAGUGUCUACUAAUGGCGAAGUACGUGGAUAUAGCUCUGGCUCUGCCAUGCAGACUCCGGAACCCGGCGAGAUGAUUCGGGAACUGUUAGCCAAAAAGCAGGCACUCCAGAUAGAAUUGCGACAGAGGGCUGCGACGGGCUCCAGCAUGUACUACGGAUCAAGAUUGGCCAUCAGCCUGCUGACACAGAGAGGUGCAGCUCGCAUUGCACUUGCUGCUGGACCAGGGCUUCUGGUGUAUUGCGCCAUAGUCUUUGCUGAGGGUGUUUUUGAGGGCGAGACGCUGGUUACGCAUCCUAGCCGACCGCAAGGGGAGUUAGAGAUUCCUCUUUAUCCCGCCAAGAAUGAUCCCGUAGAUAUUCAUGUUAAAGUGUACGUUGGACCUCCUGGAACCGAUCUGCUGCAGGUCUUCGAAAUAACGCGGCAGUUGCCAAGAUUUUGUAUGUACGAACGCAUACUGAAGCCGCAAGUCCCAGAACAAUUAACGAGCAACGGCGUUGUAGCGGACAUCGCAGAGAGACCGCAGCGGAUCGCCAUUUGGCUGAAUCAGAGUCUCAUCCUAGGGGAGGAAUUAGAGGUCCCGGAGAGCGGCCCAAAUGCCGGAUGCAUUGAAGUAUGGCUUUGUGGAAUGCGAGACAACAAAGCGCACUGCUUCAAAUCGAACGCCAACGGAAAAGUGACAAUCCAGACGGACGAUGCAACGCUCGCUGGUGACAUCAUUCAAUCUCUCGCUAUGUAUCUAGGUAUCAGAGAACUGAACUCGGAAGCUACAUUUCCCGAGGAGGAAAAAAGGAUGUUGGACGCGUUGGAGCGUGUCAAAGGCUUGAAAGAAGUCGAUGCACGGCUACAAGCGGAAGCUGCAGGCGGUGCCUCUCUUCUGAAGAGUAUCGUGAUUCGCCUAGAAGAUGCUAGGAUCCUCGAGAAUAUCGAUGACAUGCGAAAGAGAUUAAUGCAAUUGAAAAAUAUCAAUGGCGACUUGAUUCGAGAGCAUGAGAUUCGGCUGAACAGUCAUCGGGAGCUCGCGGCCAGUCUGAAGGAACUGAACAUCGGAGUGCAGCGUGCGGCGAGACUCAGAGUUGGGAAAGCUGCCUCCAACGCAGUGGCUCGUUGUAGAGCGGCGAUACAAGACGAAAAUCCGAGGGCUCUUGCGCUCGCGAUAAAACACGGCUAGAUCAAAUCUAUUCAUAAACUAGUCGCGCAAUAUAAUUAUCAAUUAUAUUACACAAUUCUCUUUGAGAAAAAUAUCUCAAAUCUGCCGGCAUUAUCUGUGUUAUUGACAACGACGAAAGUUUGAAAUCGUCGUAAAUUCACGUACACAAGUAGUUUUAAUUUCUUACAAAUAUAGAUUUAUUAAAACAGUUAAAAUAUAAUCUUUUUAUACAAUGCUCUCUCUUAAUGUGUAAUAUAAUAAAAUUAUUUAAUAUUUUGAGACUA